AUGGACUCUCCACGCAGGUCCCGGAACCGCGCCGCGUGUCGCCGUUGCCAGAGACGGAAAAUCCGAUGCGACGGAGAGCUUCCACAAUGUUCAUCAUGUCAAAAGAACGGCGUCGAGUGUGUUAAUGAUGGAAAGCAGGAAGUCAACCGCACCUACAUCGCGAAUCUGCAAAAGCGAAUACAGUGGCUAGAAUCCUUGGUCAAGGAACAGGACUCCAGCAUUCGACUUGAAGAUGGACCGGGACUAGAUAAAACAGCGAUCUCACUGCUUGAUCAUACAGAUGGACCGACACAGCUUGAGCAUGCUGUUCCCGAGGCCGUUCACAGCCAACGAUCAGCAAGUCUCUCAAACCACGGGCAACCUUUGAGGCCAAACGAUCUCCAGCCAUCUGGCACACAAUCAAGACCAGCGCACGAAAUAGGCCUCGUAUCUCUUUCCUCAGGAGGUGAGCCUAGAUACAUCGGUCCUUCCAGCGGCUACUUUUUGGCAAAUCUCGUAUUCUCCAGCGCUGGUCGGCGGACCGCACCACCGGGAAAUAAUGGUAGUCUCAACCAGCCAAUGUCGCUAUCAAGCGAGUUUUUCAACAAUCCGGCUCUACUGCCACACCGCAAGGAAGAUGCUAUCGAGCUUUCCUCGAAGUAUUUUGCUUCCAUGCAUCUGAUUUAUCCAUUUCUUCACGAACCCUCACACAUGGGACGUCUGGAGAAGCUGUACACCAAUCGAACAGCAACACCAGAUCCAGUGGACGCAUUCCAAGUAUUCAUGGUUCUCGCCAUAUCUGCCUCCGACCUUUCCAGGCGGUUCAGACUUCCUCUCCCUGCCGAGGGAUACUACACGGCAGCUACAAAGCAUUUCGACCGUGCAUGUGUUGAAGGCACCCUGGAAGGGCUGCAGAGCUUGUUGUUGCUAAUGGUUUAUGGGCUACACAAUCCAUCCUGUGACAUUAAUGUUUGGAGCUUGAACUAUCAAUGUUUGGGUGCGCUCAUUGAUUUGGGCCUUCAACGUGACGUCCGCGCGUCAUCGACAUUUCCCAUAUCUUUUCUGGAGCAAGAGAUGAGGACUCGAAUUUUCUGGGUGGUCUAUAGUUUUGAUCGUACAUUGGGAACAAUGAUGGGCCGACCGAUCGGAGUGCGAGACGAAGCCUGCGAACUUCGGCUUCCUCUAGAUAUCUCUGAUAUGCAGCUCGCCGAACAAGUCACCCAAGAAAGGUCACAACAAGAACCACCAUCUCACAUGACGUUCUCCAUUCAUCUAUUCAAACUCGCACGAAUCAAUUCUGAAAUCAAAUAUGUCAUGCACAGCAUCUGCAGAGAUGCCCCUCGAUAUGCCUACCCACCGAUCACCGAUAUUCAUCUGUGGCAACAGGAGAUGGUCGGCCGUCUCCAGUCAUGGCAUGCGGAGAUUCCCAGUGCAUCUGGGCUGGAAGCAUUAGCCAAGAUCUGCGAAACGAAAUAUCAUGAAAUGAUAAUCCUGAUUCUGAGACCCAGUCCCGGUAUCCCUGAGCCAGCAGACGAUAUGCUCACGCAAUGUUCUCGGCAUUCUGUGGAUCUACUCCAUGGCUUUGGUGAGCUAUAUCGACAGGAGGCACUAUUGUAUAGCAGAUUCAUUAUUCACUCGAUAUUUUUGAGCACACUUAUCAUGCUUCAUUGUGUGUGGAGACUUCCUGCUGUUGCCUCUGAAGUGCAGAUUGAUGAACUUGUGGCUGAUACUUGUAUCAGCUUGAAUAUCCUCAGCAGCAUUGGAGAAUACUGGACCGAGGCUAAGCGGGCAAGGGAUUGUAUCCACGAGCUAUCUGGAGCAACAGUCCAGAGAUUGCUUAAAGCCCGAAGCCUAGAGGCCCCUUAUACCCCUCUCCCGCAAAAUGGGGGCCGUGGUCCUUCCGGUAGAGGACGACGAUUACAAAAUACAACUGAAGCAUUCUCACUGCCCGACACGAGCAGUGAGAACUUGCCGACAAAUACCUUCAUGGAUGAUUACGACAUGAAUGUUGAUUCCACAAGCUGGUUACAUGACUCUGUCCCCGGAGGCUUUCUAGACAUUACCGGUGCACCGGACUUUGACUCGCUCAUGUGGGAGGUUUUCAACGCCACCUCAGCAUAA